AUGUGGUUCCAAAUUUGCUGGCUCGCUAUUAUAUUCUACAAUGCAGCUAAUGCUGUAGGAAAAGAACAGAAGACCAAUGGAAGAGCUAACAAUCACUCUGUCCCUACUCAUCAUCACUCCAGAAAGGGUCUUGAAGGUCGUCAGAUUUUUGUAAGUCAGGAUUUUUUUGUGAAUAAGGAACAGGUCCAGUUAGAAGCAAGCGAAAAGAAUCCAGAAGAAAACAGAGUGGCCAAAUAUAGUCCUUUACCAAGAGAAAUCCAUGAAGGAAAACAGCAUAGCCAGGGAGAACCUGAAACAUUCACCCUAAGAGGAAACAAAAAGAAGUCCUUUACUUCUCAGCGAUUCAGUGAAAAAAAGGCAAAUAUGCCUGAGGAGCAGAGUGCCAAAACAUUCUGGAAUUAUUUUAUAUAUAAAUUGAAUGCAGCCCCAGAGGAUUUCCAUCACCCUGUUAAAACACUGGAAAUACAGCGGCAAGUCUGCAAGACUCUUCCAUUUUCUCAGAAUAUAACGCAUGAUAAUUGUGAUGAGGUGGUGAUACAGAAUAAUCUGUGCUUUGGAAAAUGCAACUCUCUACAUGUACCCAACCAGAGAGAAGAACUUAACAUAUGCUCUCAUUGUCGACCAUUCAAAUUCAGGAUGAACCACCUUAGGCUGAACUGCCCAGGAUCCAGCAAUGUGCUAAAAGUUGUUAUGAUGGUUGAAGAAUGCAAGUGCAUGGUUUAUAAACCCAGAAACCAUGGAAAGAUAAAUACUUAUGGACAUCAGUAA